AUGCCCCUCUUCAUCACCGACGAAGACUUCUCGCGGCUAUCCGGCGACACAACCGCCGUAGCCGCAAAAGCUGACACCUUCAUCCGCGGUCUCCUCAACGAACUCGACACCGUCCGUGCUAAAGCUGAUGCCUCAGACAUCAACGCCGAACAGAAUUGCUCUCUCGUUGAGCAGAAAUAUCUCUCCCUCUCUGCCGAGUUCUCCAAGCUCGAAUCCAAUGCUUCUAACCUCCAAUCUUCCCUUGAUCAAAAACUCCGUGACCUCUCUGAUGCCCAAGCGCAGAAUCACCAAAUUCACUUGCAAUUGGUUGAGAAGGAUAGAGAGAUAGAGCGGUUAAAGACGGAGGUGAGUGAGCUGCACAAGUCAAAGAGGCAGUUGAUUGAGUUGAACGAACAGAAGGAUUUGGAGCUUAGUGAGAAGAACACUACCAUCAGGAGCUAUCUUGAUAAGAUUGUCCAUUCAACAGAAAAUGCUGCCCAAAAGGAAGCACGCCUUAGUGAAGUUGAGGCAGAAAUGGGAAGAUGCCGGGCUGCUUGCACCCGCCUUGAGCAGGAAAAGGAGAUUGUUGAACGGCAGAAUGCCUGGCUUAAUGAGGAGCUGACUACUAAAACUAGCAGUUUCUUAGAGCUGCGCAGAAAACAUACAGAAUCAGAAUCUGAUACAUCUUCUAAACUUGCAGAUGUUGAAAGACAGUUGAGUGAAUGCUCUAAAUCUCUGCAAUGGAAUAAGGAUCGAGUAAGGGAGCUUGAAAUGAAACUUAAAUCUAUGCAAGAGGAAUUAAUAUCAGCUAAAGAUACUGCUGCAGCCAACGAAGAGCAAUUAUCUGCUGAACUUUCAACUGUCAAUAAGCUUAACGAGCUUUACAAAGAGAGUUCCGAGGAAUGGUCCAGAAAAGCAGCGGACCUAGAGGGUGCUAUAAAAGCGAUGGAGUCACACCUAAAGCAAGUUGAAGAUGAUUAUAAAGACAGACUCGAGAAGGAAUUUUCUGUUAGAAAGCAGUUUGAAAAGGAAGCUGCUGAUUUGAAAGAAAAGCUUGAGAAGUGUGAAGCUGAAAUUGAGACAGGCAAGAAGAUGAAUGAACUAAGCAUUCUUCCACUAAGAACCUUCUCCACUGAACCGUGGCUGACAUCUGUUGUAGCUGAUAAUACGGAUGAAGACAAUAAUGCGAUAGUCCCAAAACUCCCUGUUGGAGUUUCUGGAACAGCAUUAGCUGCAUCACUUUUGCGAGAUGGGUGGAGUUUGGCAAAGAUGUAUGCAAAAUACCAAGAGGCUGUUGAUGCUUUGAGACACGAACAAUUGGGAAGGAAGGAGUCAGAGGCAAUUUUACAACGGGUUCUGUACGAGUUGGAGGAGAAAGCAGAAGCCAUAGAAGAUGAGAGAGUGGAACAUGAAAAAAUGGCUGAUGCAUACUCUUUGAUGAACCAAAAAUUGCAACACUCCCUCAAUGAAAAUUCUUACUUGGAGAAAACCAUCCUGGAACUAAAGGCGGACCUCAAAAGGCAUGAACGUGAUUAUAAUCUUGCCCAGAAAGAAAUUGACGACCUUCGAAAACAGGUGACAGUACUUUUGAAGGAAUGCCAAGACAUACAAGUUCGUUGUGGGUCUUUUGGUAAUAAUAUCAAUGCGAAUGCAACUAAUAUUGCCUCAAGAACAAGUUCAGACACUGAUGCUGAAAAUAUCAUACCAGAGAACCUUUUAACCUUCAAGGACAUUAAUGGACUAGUUGAGCAGAAUGUUCAACUCAGAAGCCUUGUACGCAGUCUCUCUGGACAACUUGAAAAUCAGGAGGUGGAAUUUAAGGAAAAACUUGAAAUGGAACUCAAAAGACAUACAGAAGAAGCUGCUUCUAAAGUUGCGGCUGUUCUGCAGAGAGCGGAAGAGCAAGGACAGAUGAUUGAAUCACUUCAUGCAUCUGUUGCCAUGUAUAAGAGGUUGUAUGAGGAGGAGCAUAGUCUUCAUUUAUCUCACACCUAUUCUUCAGACGCCAUUGCAGCUGCUGCAGAAGUUGGAAGAAACAACAUCAAGACUUCAAUUGAAAGUUCACAGGAAGCUGCUAAGAAAACACUUGAAAAAGCUGCAGAGCGUGUAAGAUGUCUUGAGGAUGAUUUAGCAAAGUCUAGGAGCGAGAUUAUUGUAUUACGAUCAGAACGCGACAAAAUGGAAUUAGAAGCAAAUUUUGUUAGAGAGCGGCUUGAUAGCUUUAUGAAGGAAUUUGAUUUCCAGAAAGCUGAAACAAAAGGCAUUCUGGCAAGAAAUGUGGAGUUUUCUCAGCUAGUUGUCGACUACCAACGAAAAUUGCGGGAGAGUUCAGAGUCAUUGAAUGCUGCUGAGGAGCUCUCUCGGAGACUCUCUAUGGAGUUGUCUGCUUUAAAGAAUGAAAAGGAAGUCUUAUUAAAUGCCGAAAAGAGAGCAUCUGAUGAGGUUCGCAAUUUAUCUGAAAGGGUGUACCGUUUGCAGGCUACAUUGGGUACCAUACAGAGUGCUGAAGAAGUUCGAGAGGAAGCAAGAGUUGCGGAGAGGGUAAAACAAGAAGAACAUUCAAAGCAAUUGGAGAGGGAAUGGGCUGAAGCCAAGAAAGAGUUGCAAGAAGAGAGAGAAAAUGUGCGGAAACUUGCGCUUGAUCGGGAUCAGACCAUGAAAAAUUCUCUGAGACAGGUUGAGGAUAUGAGCAAAGAGUUAACUAAUGCACUGGGUGCACUUGCAUCUGCAGAAUCCAGGGCUGCUGUGGCCGAGGCAAAACUCUCAAGUAUUCAAAAACAAAUGGGUUCCACAGAUGGGAAGCUUGUCAAUAUGAAUUCAAUGAGUGGACCUUCCAUUUUAUCUAAUGAUGAGGUUACUGCUGAAUUGCAAACAGCAAAAGAAGAGAUUGAGAAACUGAAAGAAGAAGUACAUGCUAACAAAGCACACAUGUUACAGUAUAAAAGCAUUGCUGAGGUGAAUGAAGAUGCACUGAAACAAAUAGAAAGUACACAUGAGGACUACAAGAUAGAGGUUGACAAUGCAAAGAAAGCUCUAGAAGCUGAACUGCAUUCACUUAGAGAGAAGGUUUCAGAGCUUGAAAAGGAGUCUAGUUUGAAAUCUGAAGAGGCGGUAUCUGCAACUGCUGGAAAAGAAGAGGCUCUGACAUCUGCUUUGGCUGAGAUAACAAAUCUUAAAGAAGAAAUUUUAGCCAAAGCUUCUCAAAUUUCAGAGAUGGAAAUUCAGAUGUCUGGUUUAAAAGAACACCUGGACAAGGAGCAUCAGAAAUGGCGUUCUGCUCAAACAAACUACGAAAGACAAGUUGUUCUCCAGUCUGAGACUAUUCAGGAGUUGACUAAAACAUCUGAAUUACUAGCCUCGCUGCAGGAGGAGACAUCUAAAUUACGUAAAUUAACUGAUGCUCAGAAAAUUGAAAAUAAUGAACUAAAGGCAAAGUGGGAAGAGGAAAAGGCCGGACUUGAGAAGUCAAAGUAUGAUGCUGAGAAAAAAUACAAUGAAAUCAAUGAACAGAAUAAAAUCCUACAUAGCCAACUGGAGGCGGUGCAUAUUCAACGGGCUGAGAAGGAGCGCAAUGCUGCCGGUAUUUCAUCUGGAAAUAUUGGUGAUACAUUUGGUGAUGCCGGCCUUCAGAAUGUAGUUAAUUAUCUCCGCCGUUCAAAAGAAAUUGCAGAAACAGAAGUUUCAUUGUUAAAACAGGAAAAGCUACGAUUACAGUCGCAGCUUGAGAGUGCUCUGAAGGCAGCAGAAUCUGCGCAUGCAUCUCUAGAAGCUCAGCGUGAAAAAUCAAGAUCAUUUAUGUUUACUGAAGAAGAAUUCAAAUCAUUACAGCUUCAGGUCAGGGAAAUGAACUUGCUUCGUGAGAGUAAUAUGCAGCUCAGGGAAGAAAAUAAGCACAAUUUUGAGGAGUGUCAGAAAUUGCGUGAAUUAGCUGAAAAGGCAAGAGCUGAGAUACAGAAUCUAGAGAAUCAUCUAAGAGAAAGAGAAAUUGAGCUGGAAGGCCAUAAAAAUGAAAUUGAAACACUAAAAGCGGAAAAGGAACAUCUCAAUCACAAGGUUUCUGAGUUGCUUGAAAGGUGUAAAAAUGUUGAUGCGGAAGAUUAUGAUCGAGUAAAGAAACUCGUAAAAGAUUUGCAGGAUAAACUAAAAGAUAGGGAUUCUCAGAUUGAGGAGACUGGUAAAAUUAUUUCUGAAAAGCAGGAUUCUCUUUCACGAUUAGAGCAAGAGCUUUCAAACUGCAAAUCAGAGCUUGUGGAGAAAGAGAAGAGAAUUAACGAGAUUCUUAAAAUUGAGGCUAACCUAAAACAGGAUGUGGAGAGGAAUAGGAAACUGCUGGCCCACUUUAAGAAAAAGACUGAUCUGUUAUCAAGGGAGAAGGAAGAUCUAGGGAAAGAGAAUCAGCAACUUACUAGACAAUUAGAUGAAAUUAAACAAGGGAAAAGACCAACAAGUGAUACAACUGGUGAACAAGCAAUGAAUCAAGAAAAGGACACCAGAAUACAGAUUCUGGAAAAAACACUGGAGAGAGUGAGAGCUGAAUUAAAUAAGGAGAAGGAAGACAAAUCUGUGGAGAAAAAUAAACGACUGAAAAAUGAGAAGGCUAUAAUGGACUCUUACACCAAUGUUGAGCUGGAAAAAAAACAGUUUACUAAUGACCUUGAGAGGCAUAAGGAUGCUCUAAAACGAUUGUUUGAUGAAGUCGAAAAGCUGAAGAUUAUUGUCGGCAAUCUUCCUGAGGGAACCAAUGUUGCUCAGCUUCUUUCAGCAUCCAAUGUUGAUGACUUCUCUGCACCUUAUAUAUCUGCUGUUGAAAAUUUUGAAAAGGAAGCUCAUGCAGUAUUUGUUGAAUUUGGUGGCCGAGUCCCUCUUGGAGAUGCAUCAACAGCCAUGGAUACUUCAGCAGCUGCUACAGGUUCUCUGGUCCAUGCUCAACCCCCUAGUGUAGUACCCUCGGCGGCCCCUGUAACAAGCAGCUUACCACCCAAGGCCACUGGUGAAAGUGAGAAACGGGUUGCACUGACAAAAUCUAGUAUUGAAACCCGUAAAACUGCCAGGAGAUUGGUCAGGCCACGACUAGUAAAACCAGAUGAACCACAGGGUGACACUGAAAUGUCUGAUGUUGAAGGGCUUGGAGGCAACAAACCUGGACCUUCUAGUGACACAGAAACCCAAAGCAAUUUUUCUUCAUCUCAACCAGUAGCUCGGAAACGUGUUGCUCCUAUCUCAGCAUCUGAAUUACGAGAAGAAUCUGUUGCUCCUGGUGAGAAGAGUUCUGAUGUAGUAGCACAUGUGUUAAAGAAAUCCAAAGGAUCAGAGUCUCCUGAAGAUAGCAGUGAGGAACAGCCUGCUACAAUUCCUGAAUUCACUAGCAGUCAUCCAGUUGCUGAAGAAUCAUUUGAAAGUGGUGAGUUGCCACAAGGCCAAAAUGAGGAUGUCAGCGAGGCUCAAAAUGAUGAUGAGACUGCCGUUGGGAAGGAUGAAGAAUCCAAAGAUCCACUACACUUGGAUGGUACUAGUCAAGAGGAAUUACAAGUUGACAAGACUGGAAUUUCAGUUGAGAAUCUGGAUCCACCAGCGCAAACAAAAAUGAUGUCUGAUGAGGUGCAAAAGGAUCAUACUGAGAUAGACAACCAGCAAUCAACCUUGCCUCUCAGUAGUGAGACAGAAGAAGGAGAGUUGCUCCCCGAAGCCGGAGAUCCUGAGGGUGCUUGUGAUGCACCUAACAUAGAAAACCAAGAAUCUCGGGAAGCAACCCCUGAACUUUCCCCAUCUAGGGGCGAUGAUGAUGCUUUAGAGGCUGGUGAGAUUAAUUCUCCUGAAGUUUCUGGUGAUGAUAAGAAUGAUGAAGGUGACUUGGUAGAGGAUACAGCCGAUGGUUCUGAUAAAUUAGCUGAUGCCAAUGAACAAAUAUCAGUUGAGAGUGAUCCGGUAGCUGAGCCUGCUCCUGUUGCAAGCGAGAGUAAUUUGCAGAGCAGCGUUGCAGAAAGUAGUUCCUCUAAAUCACCCGUUCCAAAGCAUGGGGCCGCUAGCAUCCCCUCGGAAACAGAAGAGGUAAAGCCAACAUCACCAAUUAGUGGUACGACAACAACCACCACCAUUAAUUUACAAGAGCGAGCUAGAGAGAGGGCUCAAUUGAGACAAGCUGCACAGUUUUCAACCACAACAAGAGCUCGUGGAAGAGCUCCCCGUGGUCGGGUUGUUCGGGGUCGUGGACGCAGACCACCAUCUAGUGAUGCAUGA